UUUAUAAGAAAUUCUACAGAAGGAGAGCAAAAAAACAGGAAAGAAACUUGUUGGAUCUGUCAAACAGAAAAUGUCCCUUUAAGGAUGGAGGAUGAUGCCCAAUAUAAGGCAAUGACAAGUGAGUAUCUGGGCUUUACGAAUCUGCAUGAAGAGAGACCAACAGUGAGCAAAGAUUUUAGCAUGAUGAACUGGAUUCCACCUCACUCAACACGUAUCCUCUAUGUUGUCUGCUCCAUCUGCAUUGGUCUCAACAUUAUCAUACUGGCCGUGGUUAUAGCUGGCACAAAACAAGAAGAAAAAGAGAAGGAUCGGACAACUGAGUUCCAGAUAGGCAACCUGAGUGUGAAAUUAUUUUCAAAACUAGAUUCUCUAUCCCAGGAUGGUAAAACACUGUUGGAGAAAAUAAAUGAGGCUGAAAAAUCUGUCCAGAAGAUUAUAGCGGACAGAUCUAAAGAUGCCCUACAAAGCGAUGUUCAGUCAGUCCGAGAUGCUGUGUGGAGAUUGACAAGCUUGGUAAAGAAUCUGCAAAUAAAUGGCUCUGCAGCACCAGAAUGUCCAGAAGACUGGAAACAAUAUUCUUUGAGUUGUUAUUACCUCUCCAAAGAUACAAAAUCAUGGCCAAGUGCCAAGAAAUUUUGUGAGUCCAAAAGUUCUCAUCUGGUCACUAUCAAUACCAGAGAAGAACAGAACUAUUUACAAGGUUUAAAGCCUGGUGAGUUUGUCUGGAUCGGUCUUACUGAUGUGGAUGGACACUGGAAAUGGGUAGAUGGCACCAACUAUGAGACUGCCUUAAAGUACUGGAAAGAGGGACAACCAGAUGAGUACUUCGGCCACGGCCUGGGCGGAGGUGAAGACUGUGCUCAUUUACUCCAUAAUGGUGAAUGGAAUGAUGAACACUGCUCCCGUCCGUAUUUUUACAUAUGUGAGAACAAUAUUCUCUCAAAGCCAUGAGUGUAGUGUACAGAAGAGCGCCAAGAGGGGCACAUAUAAUUAUGGAGUGUGACACACUGCUAACUUUAGACAGACCCAAUUUCGUGGAUAUAGUUCUGUCUUCAAAAGUAUAAAACGUAUUGAGAAUCAUGCGCUAACCCUGCAGAUUAAAGCCCAUUCAGCUUGAUUUUCUGAUUAACUCACAGCCCUGGAAGAAACAAUGACCAUACAAGAAGCUUGCCCAUCAAGAUGAAGCUAAUCCUACCCCUAGCAUCUCAUGCCUUUAAUGGGAUGGCUUACUCAAAAAAAUGAUCCCCUUUAAUUUGUCCCCAAUGAUCCAUUUUAUCUGCUGGAGUGUAUUAAAUUGUUUGCAAGUAUUUCCUUUACCCUUAUAUAUGAACUUUUGAAAUAGUUGAUUUAGCCUGUGGUUUCCCCACCUAUUCUGCAUGUUUCUGGUCUUAGGUCCAAGCUAUAGAUAGGCUGUGUAAACAGAGCCAGAAGAAGAAAUUUUAGGUAUAGAAGAGAUAGGGUAAUAACAUGUUGAUUUUCCAUUGUUCUCUCCAAGCAUUGGUCUUUGGUUUACGGACAGAUAUAAGAUAAAGAAGCAUGUAUAUGUACACAAUGUGAUAAUGUAAUGAGAUCUGAUUAUACCUACAAGCUCAACUCAUUUUAUUAGGCUGUGGCCUCAAGACACAAAACCAGCUAAUCAAAUACACAAAUAAUCCCUUAAAAAGGAAAUUGCUAUACAUUAUAUACUCUGCAGCUUCUAAAAAAAGUAAUUGGAAACACAUUAAAGGGAUACUAAACCCAAUUUUUUUAUUUCAUGAUUCAGAUAGAGCUUGUAAUUUUAAGCAACUUUCUAAUUUACUCCUAUUAUCAAAUUUUCUUCAUUCUCUUGCUAUCUUUAUUUGAAAAAGAAGGCAUUUAAGAUAAGGAGCCAGCCAAUUUUUGGUUCAGACCCUGGACAGCACUUUUUAAAUGGUGGAUGCAUUUAGCCACCAAUCAGCAAGCACAACCCAGGUUAUGAAUAAAAAAUGGGCCGGAUUCUAAACUUACAUUCUUGCUUUUCAAAUAAAGAUAGCAAGAGAAUGAAGAAAAAUUGAUAAUAGGAGUUGCUUAAAAUUACAUGCUCUAUCUGAAAUAAGGGAAAAACUAUUUUACAGUAUACUGUCCCUUUAAGGAUCUCUCUCAUAGCUAAAUGAACAUUACUAAUCUUUUGCUUUUGUGUAAAAAAAAUACUUUACAUGCUAAACAUAUUCUGUAAUCUAUUUUUUUUCUUCAAAAUGCUGCAAUUUCCCUAAACUAUCUAUUUUAUAUACAGUAUUUUUUAACACAUAAGUUAUAGAAUUCAUGUUAUGGCCUGUCCAGGGAGUGUUUGACAAGCACAAUUUUACAUAAAAGCGCAAGAUAUUAUGGAAUUGGAGUAGGUAAGAGAUUCAUUUAUUCACUAUCAUGUAAAGUUAUCUGCUUAUGAUUGCUGAGAGUUAUCCAUGUCUUUUGCUAUUGAUCUUGUGUAUCACCUAACUGUAAUUUCAGGUAUACUGUGGUGUUGCCAUAUCAGCAAUGCUCUGAACUGUAAUAUACUGAAUCACUACCAUAACUGUGUACAAUAAAAAUGCUUUAGAU